GAGCUAUUAUGCCCCGACGGCCGACAUGUCUAUGAUACGAAACUAGGGAUCUGCAUCGCCACUUGCUCCGCAGAUAAGACGUCGCUGCAUCACCAGCGACUUCGCCAAUACCAGCGAGCUAUCUUAAGCAUGAAUCUCGCGAGUUUAGAAACUUUAUAGGCAUUGAUUUACAUGUUAUACCAGUUUUAUUAGAUCUCCCUUGUUUCAUCCUUUGACGAUCAAGUUUUCACUAUGUCGGUCGUUGAUAUCCAUACGCAUAUGUACCCUCCGUCAUACAUUUCUCUUCUCCAGUCAAGAUAUGAUGGCGCAGGUUCCGCCGUCCCGUACAUCAGAACCUUCGAAGAUGCUCCUGACGAUCCUCGACUUAUAAUCUUACCCGAUGAAGACGCCAAAGGCGGCCGUGGUCGCCCCGUGGGACCGGAGUACUGGUCAGUGGAGCAGAAGAUCGCAUUCAUGGAUACCCACAACAUCGAGACCUCUGUGGUUUCUCUCGCGAAUCCAUGGCUCGACUUCCUCUCGGGGUUUGAGUCCCCGACCUGGGCGGCCAAAAUCAACGAUGAUUUCGAGGCCAUUUGCGCUUCGCAUAGUCCCCGCCUCUUCUUCUUCGGCGUGCUUCCGCUGUCCGGCCCCCCGUUGACCAUCAUUGCGGAGAUCAAACGGCUUCAAACGCUAAAAUAUGCUCGCGGGGUAGUCAUCGGCACCACCGGGCUGGGGCGAGGCCUGGAUGAUCCGGAGAUGGGCAAGAUCUGGGAGGCGCUCGAAGAGACGAAUACGUUUGUCUUCCUGCACCCGCACUAUGGCCUACCGAGCAGUGUCUACGGAUCGCGGGCCAGCGAAUAUGGACAUGUGCUUCCGCUUGCCUUGGGAUUCCCGAUGGAGACUACGAUCGCAGUGGCACGAAUGUGGAUCAGCUGCGUGUGGGAUCGGUACCCGGGACUCCAGAUCCUGCUUGCGCAUGCCGGGGGCGCCAUCCCGUCAUUAGCAGGCCGAUUGCAGAGUUGUUUGGAGCAUGAUGGGCAUCUGAGAGGCAAUGGCAAAGAGGAAGGUCCGAAGAGAACGAUUCAGGAGGUCUUGAAGCAGAAUAUUUACCUCGAUGCGGUUGUGUAUGGAGAAGUAGGUAUAAGUGCUGCGGUGGGGCUAGUAGGAAAAGACAGAGUCAUGUUCGGGACCGACCAUCCGUUCUUCCCACCACUUGGAGCAGACGAGAAAGAAUGGCUGAGCGUUCGAACCAAUUAUGAUGCGAUCCAGGAGGCAUUCACAGACGAGCAAGACCAAGACGCUAAAGGGGUAUUGGGUGGCAAUGCCAUCAAAGUCCUGCGACUUCAAGUUGACUGAACUCGCUUUAUGAGAUUUCUCCUUUUAUACAAUGUCGGCCCAUAGAUGUUAACACGGGGCUGGUAUAUGGUACAAACGCCAUCAAAGCAAUAUAU